AUGGUGGAUGAAAACAUAACACUAGGUGGCCCCCUACCCAUAUCUCCUCAAUCUCCUUUGCAUUCACUAUGCUGCAGCUUGGUUGCUGCAUUUAAUCCUCCGCACCGAGAAGUGGCGCUAAGUCACAAGUGGAACACUCAGGACGUGUAUUUAUUUUUUUUAUUUUUUUUGUUCCUGAGCUGAGCUUCUUGGUGCGCUGUCCAUCAGCACCACCAGCCGAGCACAGGAGGCAGCGGUGGAGCUAACAGUGACGAAGAGGAGCGGCUCAGCAUCAGCACCAGUGUCGAGCCCGGUCCCAGAGGUGGGAGAUUCUGACCGACAGCCCACGAACCCCGCCACAGCAGCGACACACGGCUCUACAGAGAAGGGUCAGUCAUCAUGUAUGAUGUAGCCAGAGUACCGUCUCCAAAGGACAGUACAAAUGGGGGGGCUCAGCCACUGCUCCCUGCAGCAGAAGCAGCGUCUACAGGACCGGGCCCAGCUGCACCGAAUGCAGCCUCAGAGGCACCAACUCAGGAGACACGGCUUGGUGUAGAGGAGGAAGAGGAGGAGGAAGAGGAGGAGGAGGCCCAAGCAGGUCCGGUCCUAGUCAAAAAGCCACAUAGAGAGAUUCUGGAUCAUGAGAGGAAGAGGAGGGUAGAACUCAAGUGUAUGGAGCUUCAGGAGAUGAUGGAGGAGCAGGGGUACACAGAGGAAGAAAUACAACAGAAAGUGAGCACAUUCAGACAAAUGCUGAUGGACAAAGAAGGCGUAAUCACCAGAGAGGGUUCAAACCCACAACCAGUGGUGAACCACCUGCACUAUCAGCGUGAUGAGUAUGAAGAUGGGCAGGAUGACGUCGGAGACUAUGACCGUGACUACCGCAGUGAUAGCAGAGUAAAGAGGAAGUCAAGCAGUUCUCCUUCACCCCGUCCUAAGAAAAGAAAGAAGAAGAAAUCUGGUCACAGGAAGAGUAGGUUUGGCAGCUCCUCACCCACACGCAGAGAGAAAAAGAAGAAAAGUGGAAAGAAGCACAAGCGAGACAGAUCUGCUUCAGGCUCUGGGAAAAAGAGAAGAUACAGAACGGCCAGUCCAAAGAACAAACACAAAGACAAGAAUAAACAGAAAAAGAGGUCACCCGGUGAAACCCCUGGCAGGAGUUCACAGCAUCAGGGCAGCUGCUGCAGCUCCCGCAGUGCAUCUGUGUCCUCCACCCACAGCACCUCCAAGUCUCCAGCCAGACUAAGCUCCAAGCACAAGACAGAUGGAUCGAAGGGACCAGGAAGCUCGCUGUCCCCAGGUCACCACAGCCCCACCAUGUGGCACAACGGGAACCUCUCCCAGCGAACCCCCAACGGCAAGGCCAGCAGACUCAGCUACGUGGAUGAUGAGAAAGGGAACGAUAAGAUCCAUCAGUUGUCUACUUCUGCAUGCAUCGCAACCACCGCUCUGCUCCGAGAGCGUAAGCUCCACAGCGCCCCCAACAGAAGCCAAACAGGACUGACAUGUGCAGCUGGAGAGGCUGGUGGUGUGGAUGCAGCUGUGGGGAGUUCCAUUAACCACACAGUAGGGAGGAGAGGGAGCCAAAGGGGCCAGAAUAAGAACUCCCACUCUCCUGCCCACAGCAGUGACUCAGGCCAUUCCAUACACACCCACACUCACAGAAAGAGGACCUCACGUCACCGCAAAAGGACAAAAGGUGGCCACUCGUCUAAGCGUCAGCGGCGCUCCAGCCGUGGUCAGGCGCACCAUCGCAGUCCAUCGGCAUCCCCAGGACGACACUCUCACACAUCAGGAAGGAAGAAGGAGGAGUCUCGAAACAAAGCCAACCUCAGGCAGCGCAGCAGCUCCUGGAGCAGUGGCCGCUCAUCGUCACACUCUACUUCCAGAGACAGAGGAGCCAGCAAAACAAAAUCCCCCCACAACAAACAUAAUCACUCCAGGGAGAAGGACAGCCCAAACCGCUCUGACACUGACAGCAGGGCUCGUCGUCGCUCACGCAGCUACUCACCCAUUCGGAAAAGGAGAAGAGACUCACCCAGCUUCAUGGAAGCGCGCAGGAUUACCAGUGCACGCAAGCGACCGAUCCCAUACUACCGACCCAGUCCUUCCUCAUCCAGCUAUGACAGCAGCCCAUCACGGUCCAGCCGCGCGCCGCCUGCUCGCAGUCAGAGCAGGAAUCGCAGCUGGAGUCGUAGCCGCAGCCGCAGCCGCAGCUGGAGCCGCGGCAGGAGUCGCUCCCGCAGUCACCACAGUUACUACAGUCACAGCAGCUACGACAGCCCUGGAUUCUGAACUGCUGCUGUGGGAAGGAGAACAAAAGCGAGCUCUGCUCUGUCCAGUUAAAGUGUCUCUGUAUCAACCCCCCGACAGUGUUGCUAAGUCCAGGUGUCAAACUCUUCAACCCAUGACUGCACUCCUCUUCAACACAGCCUGGAUCAAAGAGGACAAAAAUGAUUUUGACAAGAGCACAUUACUACAAAAUUAGUAUCACUGUUUCACGCUUCCAAACACAAGUAUCCAAACUGACAAGGCAACGAGUCCAUUUAUUUGGUGGAACCCAAAGAACAGAUCUUGCUGUAUGAUAGCACUUUCUAUCUCCGCUACCCCGAAACGACCAAAUGUUGUAUAUCAUAUAAAAUUCAGUAUAUACUGUAUAAAUAUUUAUAUCCUAAAAGCUUGGUAGGAGACACAAUGAGGACCCAGUUCUACAUCCCCCUCCCUUCCCCCCAUCAGAUAAUUCCCUGUCAAGAACGCAUAGUGAUCAACCUAUUUGAGAACAAAAAGAUCUACAGUUGAAAUAGGAACUUUUUAAUGAUGAUAAUUGUACUGUAUAGGUUUUAUUUCUGUAUAGUUUUAUGUGAAUUAUGGCUUUGUAAACUAUGCACUGUGUACACCAUGUAGUUUUCAGGAGGCUUCCUUUGCAUGAUGCAUCAGGAGGGACUCAAAGGAAGAAGAGAACCGUCUCUGGAAAUGGACGUCACAUGGUUACAGCGCUGUCCUCGACCUUGUACGAUGUUCUUUCACUUCUUUCCCCUGUUUGAGAGGUUUUGUGCACUCUGCUAAUCACAAGUCUGCUCGUGUGUGUGUGUGUGUGUACGUGUGUCUACUGUAUCUACGUCAAUGACUGAUGAAUGGCACUGUACAGGAAAAACUGUCUGCAAAAUCUCUCCAUGCACAUAUUUUGAUGACCAAGGCUAUUUAUUAAUGUAUUUAUUAUUGUAUCUAUCAGGUUAUUUAUUUAUUUAUUUAUUUAUUUAUUAUUUUUAGUUUGUUUUUUUUUAGCUCCAUGCUGUUAAGCAGCUGGGACAUGUUGAUUAGUGAUGAGGUGCUUCAGGUGUUUCAUACCCUGGUCCUCAGCUGGGUGUAGAUUUGCUGCAGCUUGUUUACGAUGCCUGGGUUCUAUUCUAUGGAACUGCAGCUCCGGCCCAGCGUGAUGGUUGAUUUUUGACUUCCCGUGGCUCUUCCUCUAGUGAGAGUCAUUAGUCCCAUUCCAGCUGUUUCUUCAACUGUCACCUUAGUAAACUAAUCUGCUGUUUGAACUGAGAUCCUUUUCUGGAUUCUUUUAAUUUUUAUUGCUUUCAUACAUUCCCCUGAAAAGGUGAGAGCAAAAUAGAAGUUUGAGAUGAUGGUUCUCAAACAACCACUAACCUGGAAAAUACUAUUUGCUUGAAAGAUUACAAACUUCUUGGAAACUUACCACAAUAAAAUACCACACAAAUACAGGACUGACAUUGAUAUCCUGCUGAGUGAAGACGAGCAUAAGCAACAAAGAGUAUUUAGCCGUAUUGAAGCCAAGUUACAAGAAAAUGAAUCGCUUAAAGAAA